CUGCUUUGUGUCUGUGAUAAAAAGUUAUAUUAAUAUUUGUUUAAUCUAAAGUUAAACAGAGGAAGAAAGAUAAAUACAUUACACCAAAUUCUUCCUCUUACAGAUGAAGUCAAUACUAAAAAGGGAUAUUUAAUGUGUCUAAGGUCUUUAAAUGACCACUUUCCCAGGACGAUGGAGUGGAAUCAGCCUGUACAAGGACAACACAAUGCUUUCAUCUGGUUCACGAAGUCCCAGCUCCAGUCUGUGAUCAGGAAUGGUGUGGUCCCUGAAUGGUUUCAUGGGAUCAUUCCCAGGAAGACGGCAGAGGAACUGCUCAUGCCCAAGCCACCUGGCUACUUCCUCAUCAGGGUCAGUGAGAGCAGGAUUGGUUACACUCUCUCGUGCCGUGAUGUGGACCGCUGCAGACACUUCAUGAUUGAUGCACUGGAGGAUGGCCAGUACAUUGUUGUGGGGGAGAGCAGGCGUCACCGCUUUCUGCAGGACCUGGUGGACUUUCAUCGCAGGACUCCCAUCAUCCCCUUCACUCAAGUGCUCACUGUUGCUUGCGGACAGCUCUCAAAUGACAAGAGUGACUAUGCAGAACUGCUGUUUCCUUCAAGACAUCCAGCCUCUGACAACGAUUUCUUACAAAACAGUUCCCCGCCUCCCAGCACAAGUCAACCAGUAUCAGAAGACAGCCCACCAGCCCUUCCUUAUCGACCAAAUAACCUGAUGGACCCUAAAGUCCUGUCCCCAAACAGUCAACCAAACAGAGUUUACCCUUGUUUGGAAGAGGAGUUUGGACACGUCAGUUCUCCACUUUCAGCCAUGGCUGUACCACAGGCCAGGAAGAAAAAUGCAGUCAUUAACUCGCCAUCAAACCAGCCUCCUGAAGUUCCUUCUCGGAGGUGUGUGCCUCAGCAGAACCAGGCUUGCAUCAGAACAGCCUCCGCACCUGAGAGUCCCCAUAGAUCUAGGAUCUCUGAACAAAGUCUCUCUACCACCAUCCAGCCUGUAAAGAACCAGGAAGGGAAAGCAUCAGUUGCCACCAACCUGAAGAACUUCAAGAAGAAAUUCCAAAAGAAAACAAACACUUCACAGGAGAAUACCUAUUCAGAGAUUAAUCUGGAGGCGAGUGACAGGAGCGGGGACACAGAGAAUGAAUACCAGGAGAUCAGAGAGGAGCAGAUCUUUAGUGCACCACCAAAUUACAAUGAUAAUAAGGCAACUGACCAGGUGUUACCUUAUGAGUACUUGCCACCUCCACCUUUUGCUCCCGGUUACUGAUACAUAGUGUGGUCCAGAGCCCCACUGCCGGCUCUGAAGAGAGUGGAAUGAAUGGCUACUAAAUGUAAGUCCUUACCAAGAGUUUAAGGUCUAGGAAUGUGAUGACUGAACUGUGGCCACAUCGUUCCAAUGUCACCAAAAUGUCAAAAUGAGGGAAACUAAUAAAGGACUUCAAACUGCAGUCCUUUAGGGCCACUGUGCUGCAGGUUUUAGAUAUUUCCGUGCUUCAACAAACUGGACUCACUCAGACUGAUGAGUCACUGCCCAAGACUUGACAACAAAUUGUAAAAUCCAUUUAUUUUCAAUUAGGUGUGUUGGAGCAGGGAAACUUAUAAAACCUGCAGUUGGUAUCUACUGUACACCACUUCCCUUUGAACAGUUCUGUGUGGUACAGUUUGACAUCUAAUUUGGACUAAGACACAUCUUUCAAAAUACAGUCAGAAUCUAAUUUCAAAACCACCAUGAAAUGGGGUUUGGAUCAGAUUUAUCCAAAUCUGAUUGGAUGCAAGGAUACAGUCUUUGUAUACAAAAAGAAAAAAGAAAGUGUAUGCAGGAAGUCUAAACAGGUACAUGGUCACAGCUGAAUGCAUAAUAAUACCUGAAGUAUAUGAUCAGUGCAAAUGCAUAACUUGUUUUUCAGCCUUUUAUUAUGCAUUCACCACACAUUCUGUUUAUAUCUGGUUAUUAUUUUUUAGGGUUUUUUAAGCAUACGUGACUUGUUUCUCAUGCUGUUUAAUCUCAUAUUUUGUGGUGUGAUCGUGCAAGAAUUAAGAUCUGGCCACAACUUAAGUGUUACAUUUACACACCUCGUUAGCUUUAUAUUAUGAUUACAAGUGAAAACACACAGUAAUGUUUUUUCACUAAUAUAAAGAGAGGCUCAGCAAUUAAACGAGAAAGCUCAAAUGAAAAUAUUGUGAAUGAACUAAUCAGCAGCCUGUGUGGCUCACCUGAAACUAUGUUACACUGCUGAACGAAAGAAAAGAAGGGGAAAAGUUUGCACGUCUAAUCAAGUAAAAAGAAGAAUACAGAGGAAAAAGAAGAGAUAGAAUAACACUGAAUGAUAAUGCACUGUUUUAGCCCUCAGUCUGUGUUUACAUGUUUUGAACCAGGAUAAAUAAAAAAGUUGCCAUCUGAUGGAAAUGAGUAACAUUGGAAAAUGUAUUUAUGGCUUUGUUUCAUACAUAUCCAACAGUAACAACUCUGGACACAAAAUUGAUGCUUAUGUAUUACCCAGACUUGGAUAACUCUGGAGCAAGCUGAGGUUUCACAAACUGGAAACAAUGAAAAGGAUAAACUUGGAAACUGGGAGUGGUGACCUUAGAUAUAUGUUUAGAAAUUGCAUGGUCCUAACAAAACUCCAGGUAGAUUUUGGUUUAAGAAAAGGAUUUUCAUUCCCUUCAGACAGAACCAGACUGGCUGUUCCAUUGUUGAGUCUUCACUGCUAUGCUAAUGUGUUACCAAAUAAAAAGAAAAGUAGCAAAUGUAGCUGAAAUUGAUUUAAUUCCAGCUUCAUCUUGUAAUUACGUUUGAUGUUUUACAUACCAAAGAACAAACCAAAAGCAGAAGGAGGAAGUUUAAUACAGCUUAUCAUACAUAAUUAAUAUCAGCUACAAUGGAUACGAGGCGCAUGCUGUAGUGUCAUAUGCAGAUCUGUUAACAGAAAUAUAACCAGGAAGCUGGAGGAGAGUGGGAAUGCAGAUACUGGUCAGACUUAUUUCCUUGCUGAAACCUAAAAACACUGUUGUUCCAUUAUGACAUUGUCAAUAUCUGUGUAUACGUUUUGUCACACACCAAUAAUAGUUAUAUACAAGGACUAUGAGGCAUGAUAUCACAUUUAUGCUCAUGACUGAAAGUGCAACGUUAAUAAAAGCAACUAUCAAAGAGAAAAAAAAUAGCACUAUCAUUUUUCAAUUCUGUUGCCUUGCUAUGUUAUUCCACCUCAACAGGGGGCGUAAUGACACAGGAUUCUUCUCUCUAACCCACUCUUUUGUCAUUGUCAGUGUAUCCGAUUGUUUUUAUUAUGGUGGUCAAGUUAGAUCUACAUAGACCAAACUAAUAAAAAGCACAUGUUCCAUCAUAGACUACAAUCUAGUGGUAGUGAACCACAUUAGAUG